AUGCCUCCUCGCAAAAAGCAACGCACUCGAACGUCCCCCACUCUGGUCGCCUCUCCAUUCGGCGCCCUACCAUCUUCUGCCUCUGCAUCGGAUGAGGAUGAGGAGAUUCAUAGCGGACCGGCAAGCGAGAGCGAAGGGCUCACGAUCGGUCUGGCUGCCAGCAAGAGCUCAACGACUCGACAAGCUGGUACCGGCAUCCGCAUCGCAUCUCCGCCUCGUGUCGAGACGGAUGGACCAGCAGAGGGGCUGCUGCCUAACAGCUUGGACGCCCUGCCUUCCCACCUCUUGGCUCGUGCACUGCCCGCUUUGAAGCGCAACAUUCUGCGCUCACUCUUUGAUGCUUCUGCUCAAGCGACCGCAGCGGCGCAUGGAAGCACAAUUCUCAGCGACGAGAUGCAAGCAGCUCGAGAAGCGUGUCUGGGUCAGCAAAAGCAGUGGGAUGAGCUGAGUGGCAUGCUCAGCAACACCAUCACGCACGGCGAAGGCAACAGCGCCCUCAUACUCGGAGCUCCCGGCUGCGGCAAAAAGACUGUGAGUGAUGAGGGUGCGCGCGCGACGGUGAGAUGGAGACCUAUGGGGUGACUAAAAAAGAACGCGCCGCAUACACGCACCACUUGCAACAGCUGUUGCGCUCUGCUCUGUCGACCCUGCCCAGCUCAAAGUAUCAUCAUGUUCAACUGGACGGCACGGUACAGACGACGGACGCGCUGGCUAUGAAGGAGCUGGCGCGUCAGUUGGUCAGCAAAGGUGCCAUCGCGUUGACGGAAGAGCAGAAAGAGCUGCUCGAGCUCGAUGCUACCGGCAGGAUGGGCGAGGAGACUGGAGACAAGGAUGGAGAAGCUCAGUCUGAUGAUAGGGAUGAGCCGACGCGACAAGUGGACCCAAAUGGCGGCGAUGAAGAAAACUUGAAAGAGGCCAUGGCGGGCGCGAUAUUGGUGAGAUCAGGCGACCAUUUCUGGCCUUUGCGUGCCGCCGUUGCUGACGGAUUGUCCACGUGCUGUAUCUCCGCCAGUCAUCCAUCUCCACGAUCAGCAGGACCAUCCUAUCGCUCUUGUCCACGCCAGCUCUCGACUCUGCCGGGUCGGUCACAUCCUGCAAAUCUCUCAUCAUUUCCCUCUCUUCCUUUGACCUCUUCACCUCUCGACCUCGACAAGCUCUGCUCUACGUGCUACUAGAUGCCGUCCAAGCAGGUUCGUACGCGCCAGGUCUGUGCAUCAUCGGUCUGACGCGCAGGCUGGACACUACAGACUUGUUGGAGAAGCGUGUCAGGAGCAGGUUCGCGGGCAGGACCAUCCACUUGUACCCUCUCGCCUGGGAAGGAUGGCGUCAGUUGACCAAGAGGACACUGAUGAGUGGUUUGAGCGAUGCGAGUCCUGCGACGCUGAAGCACGCUUGGACGGAACAAGUAGAGGUGAGAGCUGGAGCGGCAAAAGGGCUCUCCUUGUUUUUUUGCGUAUUUCUCGCUCUCGCUGACGCUCUGUUUUUCGCAGGCUCUACUUGGCGAUCAGCUCUUUGCACGGCUUCUUCAGGGGCUUCACGAGCUAGGCACCGACGUGCGGCAGCUCUAUCGCAUCCUGGUGAGCAGCGCUUCCCUUUUCCAGCAGCACGACUUGACAGGCCUGGCCUGCUAAUCCGUGAUCUCGCCCUGCGCAUGUACAGUCCAUUCCCAUCGCCGGGCUCUCGGCAUCGAAGCCUCAGCUCGAUACGCAAGCAUUCUUGACAGCAGCUCACUCUCAGCGCGACGACUCCACGAGCCAAGUGCUGGAUGGUAAGUGCGACUCGGCCAUGAUCGGAGGGGCGCAUCCUCACAACCUCUCUCUCUCUAUAUAUAUACUCCUUCUCUCCCUCUCUCUUUCUCUCCCGUCGAUGCAAUCCCAUUCUCGCAGAUCUGUCCACCGCCGAAUUCGCACUCCUGGUAGCUUCAAAGCAUCUACAGAGACUCGAUCGACAAGUAUUCAAUUUCGAAAUGUGCUUCAAAAUCUUGCGGGAUUGGGCGCAGAGAUGCAGGAGAGAGAGGCAAGGCGUGGGUGCGGCAAGUCUGGAGCCUUCUGGUGAGGCGGAGCGGACGUUGGAGCUGGACGGCGCCGCGUCGCCCAGGACUCGCAGACGAAUCGGAGACAACGAGAGCGACAAGUUGCUGGUCAAUCGAGAAAAGAUGCUGAUGGUGAGCACCUCUCGAGAGCGUACUUCCUAGCACUCUGAGCCAGGCUCACGCAUCUGCAUGCCCCUAUCUGACAGGCAUUCCAAUCGCUCCUGACGGCCGAAAUCUUCCUUCCCGAUGCCAUGUUCUCGAGCAUGUCGCUGUUGCAGGGACCUCAAUCUGGUGCAGCUUCGCUGACUGGUCGAUCCAAGUCUUCCCUCUCGGGCGGAAGUGUGAGGCUGGAGUACCUAAAAGUCAGGUGCGCCGUCGAUGCCGUGAGCAUCGCUGAUGCUGCGCGACGAUCCACUCGCCGAGUUCCCUUGGACACGGCGCUGGUGCUUUGGGCGACUGGCAGCGGCACAAUAGCUUGA